UUUUUAGUGAUAAUGGGUUUUUUAAAUUUAAUAAUUUUAACACUGGUGGCAAUUGUACAACUUGUUAAUUCACAAUUUGGCGGGGGUGGACCAAGUACAUUUGGAUAUGAUGCAUCAUCAGCAUGUAGUAAACCAUACUCAAGAAAUGGAAGAUCAUCAUAUGAAAAAUUACCCUGUGAUUUUCAACGACAAAGUUGGUGUGCCGUUGCUGGCAAUACUUAUCCAUGGCAUGCAGUUAGAAGAUUUGUUCAAGAAAAUCAAGGUUUAAUGAGAAGAAUGUAUGGAGAUGAAAAACACAUAAAUGUAUUAAAAACAGAAAUUGAUAAAAAUGAUAUUGAAUCUGAUUAUGAAGAUAAAUAUCAUAAAUUUUUUGGUGAUUCAAGAAGUUAUAAUUUUGAAGAAAAUGAAGAUAUUGAUGAUAAACAAGAGUAUGAAUAUGAUAACGAUGACAAUGAAGAAUAUCAAGGAAGAGAAUUUCAAAAUAAAUUACCAGCAUUUCAAGAGUACACAAAGCCUCAUUUUAGACCAACUGAAUCAACAAUUAAAUCAUCAUCUGAAUCAUUAAAAAUAUCAACAUCAUCAACUUCAACAUCAACAACGACAACUCCUUCAACAUCAUCAAUAGCAACAACAACAACACCAACACCAUCAUCAUCAACAACAACAACAACAACAAAUCAAUCAACAACAUUAUCAACAGAAAAAAUACCAGAUAAAUUAAACAAAACAGUUGAUGAUAAUUUAAAUGAAAAAAUUCAAACAAAUAGACCACCAGUUACACUGUCUGAUAUUGCAAAAGUUAGAAAUUCAAGUUUCAAUGAAAUUCCAGGAUCACUUGGCGCUGUUAAAGAAAAUGAUACAAGCACAACUGAGAGUUUUAAUUUAACAGACAAUUGGUUUGAUGAUGAGACAACAUUAUUGCAAGAAGAUGGUACAGCUAGAACUCCAACGACAAUGCCUAUUGACAGAGUUGAUGUCAAUAUCGAUAGUGAAAAAGAUAAAGAUGAAAAAGAUAAUUUACCAUUAUUUAAUAAUGAACAACAAAAAUUUCGACCAAGACCAGAAUAUCAUCAUCAAACAGAAAAUAAACCAGCAACAUCAAUGGAAGGACAAUUUUUUCAAGAUGUUGCAGCAAAAGAUCCACCUGUUCUUAAACUUCGUGGAAUAAAUGCUUGUCCAGUUAAGGAAGAAGUUGUUGCUCCAUUUUGGGCAAAUAAUACGAGAGGUGAAGUUCUUGCUCUUCUUAAUCUUCCACCAUUUGAGCAAUAUGUUCAUUGGGAAAAAUGCACACAUGCAAAUAAACAAAUGUACUGCAGAGACGGUUGCAGAUGUGAACAACAAUAUCGUUUACAUCGUCUUCUUGCGUAUGAUCCAAAUAACGAAUGUCGAGGAAUAUUUAGUGAUUGGUUUAAAUUUCCAAGUUGUUGUGUAUGUAGAUGUUAUGACAUUGAAUUACGUGUAACAUCAAGAUCACCACGUAAUCAUAAAAAAAAAUUUAAACCACGUAAUAAUCGAUUGAAAUAAUAUUUAAUUUUUAUAUAAUCAAGUUAAAAAAAUGUUUUUCAAACUAAAUGACAAAAAAUUAAAAAAUUUAUAUCAUUGCGAUUGUGCAAGGCUAGUGACUCCAAUGAUUUAUAUUAAUCUUUAUCAUAACAAUUAUAAUAGAAAUAAUAAUAAUAAUAAUUUCAUAUGCCAUUUUUAUUUUUUAUUUUUACGUAGUAUUGUAUUAUUUACUGCUGAACUAAUUCAUCAACAUAUAUUAUUCUAAAGUUUAAAAUAGAAAAAUUGUAAAAGAACCAAAUAAAAAGUCUCAAAAGACUUUGAUUUUUUUUCUUAAAUUGUUGAUAAAAUUGUUGUUAAAAAAUAAAUAAGGAUGGAUAAUCAAAUUUCACAUAAGACCGAUAAAAUUUUAACUGUCAUCAAAUUUAUAUAAAAAAAACUAAUGAAAAAAUCUUAUGAUAUCAUG